UGUUACUGUGAACAAAAUCGCAUCCAACAAAAUCCAAAUAAAUAAAGAGGAAAAAAAUAUCGACAUUGGCGGCUUCUUGAGUUGAGUUGCAUCUGAACAGAACACUUCCCAUGGCGGCUUUGUCUUCGAGCUGUAGCACAUCCCUUCCCAAAAUUUCCUCCCAUCGAUUCAAUUUCUAUCCACACCACCUAAAUUUACCUCCUUGGCCCCCAAAAUCAAUGCCAAACAAUCCCUUAUCACUCUCAACAACUUGCAAACGCCGCAACGUGUUCAGCGAAGAAUUCAACGGAAGCGUGGCAGAAGAGGAGAGUUUCAGCUCCAUGGACGACAAGCAAUUCGUGCGUUGGUUCCGCGAGACGUGGCCUUACUUGUGGGCCCACCGUGGCGCUACCUUCGUUGUCAUUAUUUCCGGUGAAAUUGUCACUAGUCCCUUAUUGGAUCCCAUUCUCAAGGAUAUAGCCUUCCUUCAUCACCUGGGAAUCCGGUUUGUUCUUGUUCCGGGGACCCAUGUGCAAAUUGACAAUCUUUUGCGUGAGAGAGGGAGACAGCCUAAGUAUGUUGGUCCAUAUAGGAUAACUGAUGAUGAGUCUCUAGCAGCUGCAAUGGAAGCAGCUGGGAGAAUAAGAUUGAUGAUUGAAGCAAAGCUUUCUCCUGGACCCUCCAUUUACAAUAUUCGUCGACAUGGUGACAAUAGCCGUUUGCAUGAAGUUGGUGUCAGUGUUGCAAGUGGGAACUUUCUUGCAGCCAAGAGAAGAGGGGUUGUCAAAGGAAUUGAUUUUGGGUCAACUGGGGAGGUUAAAAAAGUAGAUAUUUCUCGCAUGCGUGAGAGGCUUGAUGGCAACUGUAUUGUUAUUUUAAGCAACUUGGGCUACUCCAGCUCUGGAGAAGUAUUAAAUUGCAAUGCCUAUGAAGUUGCGACAGCUUGUGCCUUGGCUGUACGAGCUGACAAGCUUAUAUGCAUUACAGAUGGUCCAAUACUGGAUGAAAGUGGACACCUUAUUCGUUUCUUGCCUCUUCAAGAGGCAGACAUGCUAAUUCGUAAACAGGUUGAGGAAAGUGAAACAGCUGCUAACUAUGUGAAAGCUGUUGCUGAAGAAAGUUUCAAGUCUCUUAAAAAUUUUAAUGGGGCAGUCCAUUCUCCACGGAACGGAAAACCAUUUUCAGAAUAUCAUAAUUCAACCUUUCAUAAUGGUGUUGGUUUUGACAAUGGGAAUGGCCUAUCUGGGAAGCAUGGUUUUGCUAUUGGAGGUCAAGAGUCACUAAGUCGAACGAAUGGUUACCUGUCAGAACUGGCUGCUGCAGCCUUCGUUUGUAGAGGUGGUGUUCAAAGAGUUCAUUUGUUGGAUGGCACUAUUAGUGGAGUUCUGUUGUUGGAACUGUUCAAGAGAGAUGGGAUGGGAACAAUGGUGGCUAGUGACCUUUAUGAAGGCACCCGGAUGGCUCAAGUAACAGAUUUUUCUGGAAUAAAACAACUUAUCCAGCCUUUGGAGGAAUCUGGUAUAUUAGUUAAGCGGACUGAUGAAGAGCUGCUUCAAUCAUUAGGCUCCUUCAUUGUUGUUGAGAGAGAAGGACAGAUAAUUGCUUGCGCUGCACUUUUUCCUUUCUUUGAGGAGAAGUGUGGAGAGGUUGCUGCAAUUGCAGUAUCUCCUGAUUGUAGAGGCCAAGGACAGGGAGACAAAUUACUUGAUUAUAUAGAGAAGAAGGCAUCAUCUAUAGGAUUUGAAAUGCUUUUCUUGCUCACAACUCGGACAGCAGAUUGGUUUGUAAGGCGUGGAUUUUCAGAAUGUUCAAUUGAUUAUAUACCUGAGAAGAAAAGGAAAACGAUUAAUCUAUCCCGCAAGUCCAAGUAUUACAUGAAGAAGCUUCUACCUAAUAAGAGUGGAAUAACUGUUAGUAGCAGAUUUACAUCCUCUUAGCGCAUCUUUUUUCCACCGGGGAAAGGUUGGUUGGAUCAAGUUGUUUGGCACUUUCUUAGAGUGUAGGUAAUAAUCUCCUAAUUAUAUGGUUGCUAGAAAAUCAAUAGCUAUUAUUUCAUUUCCAGAUUUUGAGUUUUUUUUUUCUCUCUCACCCCAAAUCAAUCAAUGUAUGUUGGUUUGAUAGUUGUUACACAUACAUGGACUCAUAGUUCUUUUGUAGCUUCUUUACAUUAAGAUAAAGAAAUUAACACAAGUGACUAGUGAGGAGAGUGAAUUACAUAAAGCAGGAUGCACAAUCUUCAAUACUUAGGGAUUUUUUUACUUAAAGGGCUCUUGGAACUUUAUAAAUUACAGAGACUUAAGCUUCCAUGGCACUUAAAUAGGAAAUCUGAUUUUCUUUAUUGAAAGGGUUUUAGUGAGCAUAUUUGUUGUAUAUCAGCCUAUCAGGAUUUAGUAUUAUAGCAGUCUGGUGGUAUCAACCACAAGCAAGCACACAAGUUAUGGUUGUAUAAACUAUAUUAUUGACAUUUGAUAGUCAGCAGAGCACAAUCAUCAUCACCACCAUCAUUUUGAAACAAAGGAGAGUUUACAAUGAUUUAAAUGAGAUUCGUGUUCUAUUUCCAUUAGUUUAA